AUUGACUCCUAAGCACCAACAGACACCAGCUGAUGUCUGUUUUGGCGGUGCAACUACCUAGAACGAGGAGUAUCCUGUCUUCCAAAGGAGCUGACAAUGGGCAUUAAAGGUGAUUCUUUACAGCCCUCGGCUCAUGAGGGUACUUACAUGGCUUACCGGAUACAUAGGACUUCAUGGCCUGCUCAAGUCGAUCCAGAAACCAUGCCAUCUGAAAAGGUUUAGUGGCCAAACCCUUGGUGUCGAUGCAUAUGGAUGGCUGCAUCGGGGCACGGUCGCCUGUGCGGUGGACUUGGUCCUGGGCAGGCCCAACAGAAAACACAUCGAUUUCGUCUUGAACCGAGUCCGCAUGCUCAUCUACUUCGGCGUGGUGCCUUAUCUGGUCUUCGAUGGCGACGAGUUGCCAAGCAAGCUUGGAACGGAGGUGGAGCGCCAUAAGAGGCGACAGGAGAGCAAAGCCCUCGGGCUGGAACUCCAGCGAAAAGGGCGGACAGCGGAGGCAUACCAGGAACUGCAGAAGGCCGUGGACGUGACGCCUUUGAUGGCCCGCGAACUGAUAGAGGAGCUGAAGAAAAUGGGCGUUCAAUACGUGGUGGCUCCGUAUGAGGCGGAUGCGCAACUUGCUUAUCUGGAACAGCAGGGCAUCAUCACCGGUAUCAUCUCGGAAGAUUCUGAUCUCCUCGUGUUCGGUGCGAAACGAUUGUUAUCCAAGCUUGACCAGCAUGGUGACUGCAUUGAGAUCAAUCGCGCCGACUUCUCGGCUUGUCGAGAGGUAAGCCUGAUUGGUUGGACCGAUGAUGACUUUCGACGGAUGUGUAUUCUCAGUGGCUGCGAUUAUCUGCCCAAUAUUGCGCGAUUGGGGUUGAAGACGGCCUAUCGAAGCAUUCGGAAAUACAAGAACGUUGAGAGAGCACUGCGCAUGCUUCAAUUUGAGGGUCAAUACCACGUUCCCUCUGAUUACUUAGACAAUUUCAAGCAGGCAGAGCUUACGUUCCUGUAUCAGAGGGUGUUUUGUCCGAAAGCUGGGAAGCUGGUGACUCUGACAGCACCCGAAUCUGAUACGAAGUUAGAGGACCUGACGUUUAUUGGUGGCGAUGUGGAGCCCGAGACCGCGGUGGGAGUGGCUCGUGGUGAUCUGGAUCCGACGACGAAGGAACCUCUUGUACUGAAGCCAACAGUUCCAGCCGAUAAAAGGCUGACCAAUACCCUAAGCCGGCGGCAGACACUAGGCUCAUCAGCCGAACUCAAGUCGAAUAAACCUAUUAGUUCCUUCUUCACCCCCAAACGAGUUCCCCUGGCAGAGUUGGACCCGAACAGCCUCACCCCUUCUCCCAGCCAGCAACGGCUUCUACAGCGCCAUGCCAAUAACUCGUGGGAUAGUGUUCCGGCGCCAUCACGGACAGGUCUUGUUAGAUCCGCAUCGUCUAUGGGAUCGUCAAGCAGGCCCUCGAGUCCUUUGGUCAGAAGUGUCGAACGCAACUCCUUCCUGGCCCAUGCUUCCAGAACGUCGAACUUGCAACCCGCUAAGCGGCAACGACUGUGUUCCGAUGCGGAUGAGACCAGUCUGCCAAAUAUGCCCGACUGUCGCAGCAGAUUCUUUGCCGGCACCUUGGACGAUUCUAGCCCAAGUGCACAGAAGAUUACUCGCACAAAAAAAGUGCGCAAGUCUACCUUGGACGUCUUCUCAGAUGACUCUGCAGAAGACUUGAUGUCACAGCUGCCAGACCCUGUGCAGACGACCCAGGAGCCCAAGGAUCAGAUACACGCAACUACCGAUACCAAUUCAUCUACUGCAGAUGAUAGUGCGCUUGGCCCGCCUGCAACAGUCACGUCUGAGCCCGGCCUUGAUGCCGGGGAAGGGCAAACUGAAGAACAGCAGUCGUCGUCUGCUAACCAAGCUUUGGAGUCGAGCUCAAAACCUGUUAGUCUGGGCUCUAAUCCCAGCCCCUUGCGUCGGCAGAAUUCUGCGCUUCUUUCAAAGUAUGUCUUUCAAGCGGGAAAUGCUUGCGUCAGACCCCGAACAGAUGGACCUGGUGGCAAGGGUUCCCAGCCGGAUUCCUUGAAUAAGUCGACCCCGGGAACCAGAACUCCUCCCAGGCGUCAGCGGACAACGCCAUUGCAGCGUUUAGGCCAGAGCGCCUUGGCUCGCUCUCGAUCACUUAAUUGUGUUUCACUAACUGCUUUUGGCACCUCGAAAAGGCCAAUGAAGAAUCCGGCGAUUGAGAAGCGUGAGCUCCGUUCUGCGCAGACUCUGACUGCUCCCAGUCAGGGUAGUGAAGACAUGAUCAUCCCAGAUAGUGAAGACGAGGAUGACGAGAUUCGCACGCAAGAAACCCCAGUCUCGUUUGAUGUCCAACGGUUCUCCUUCAUGGGUAAAUAAGCUCUUCUUGGCAGGCUACGUUGCGUCCGACCAGUGCAACUGCAUAUUAUACAUUGGCGUUCCUUGGAAUAUCCUUACAUAUGCACCUGGUGGCUUCAGGAUGAUCAUCUGGUAUAAGGCAGCGGUGUCUAGAUUUUAGAAGGUUCUUGUUAUUAGCACAUAUGUUCCACUUGUAUACUCUCCAUUGGGCGGCGUUGGCGACCGGGGAUGAUGAGAUCGGGCGGGACGUAGUGGGUAUCUAAUAAAU